AUGGGAUGCUCUGGAACAGCUGUUCAGGAUCCUAAAGUCACCGUGCAUGAUGCUAAGCAUCAGCUCCAGGGGAUUGAAACCCCCCCAAUGCUAAAGUGUGUGGGGUCCUUCACCUCAGAGUCCCUCAAGCUGUAUGAGGCGCAGUUCUUUGGGUUCACCCCACAGACCUGCAUGAUGAGAGUGAAUAGCGCCUUCCAGGACUGCUUGUAUGAGAUGCUGGUGGUCGUGGAGUCUGUGUUCGUGCGGAAACUGUCCCAAGGGAAAGAUCCACCGGAGGAGCUUCAGCUUAAAACCCGAGAAUGCACCAGAAACUGCCUCCGCUUCUUGCAGGAGCGCUUUAGGAAGCUGUCGAGUCGCAUGGAAACUCUGCUGGUGAAUAGCGUGCUGUCGAUCCCUGAAAAUGUCCUGUUGCCUGAAGACGAGCCCCACCGGAAGUAUCCAGAAAGCCAGGAACAGCUUUUGAAGCUGGAAAGUUCGAUUGCCGACCUGCAGCAGUCUUACCAGGCAGAAGUGUGCGCCAAACAAGCGCUCCUGGCUGAACUGGAGGAGCAGAGAGAGACUCAGGAGCAGCUAGAGGAGGUGCUGAGAUGGAUUGAGGAGCUGCGGCUGUCUUGGAAGCGUGAAGGCAUGGGCAAUGUCCACGACAGUUUCCGGCAUAUGAUUGAGACCGUGAACCAGCUGCAGGGUGUUAUGGGGAAGAUCAGAAAGAAGAGCAAAUCACUGGAUGAAGUGUGAGAGUUCUCUGUGAAGGGCUGUCACAAUCAUGAAAUUAUAGCUAACGAUAAAUUUACGAAUAAAUAGUUGCGAUUAACAGUGUAACUGUAUGUGAAGUGGUUAUGAAUACACUGCCUGAUGUCCAAGACAUUGUUUUACAAUAGGUUUGUGAUACAGUUUCGGCUUAAAAUGUUUUUGCGUCCAUUUAUUGUGAUCCGUUCAUGGUGGAGGGAUAAAUGCAGGGCGUUGCAAGGCAAAAUAGUCAUUGAAGAAAACAAAUUAUUUUUAGAUUCAUGGCUAUUUUACCAUUAUUAACAUUACGUAUAAAAACUACAGACACAUGCAAGUUCACUGGUGUUUUUGGAAAGUAAAUUAAAAGGCCGUAUUUGUGUUGUAGACAUAUUGAACCCCGCUUCCUAUCACCACAACUGUGAAGAAAACUAAGUUUCUCUGCAAUUAACCACUUCACAUAAAACUCCUCUGGAUGACUUACGUUUCAAGGACGGGAUAAUUCCGAAAUUUUGACCUGCUUCUUGUGCAAUGACACUGUCCAUCCACAAGAGGGAGCCCAGUGCCCGGUCUAUUUUUGCCACUUCCUCAGACUGUAAAUCGUACUUGGGAACGCGAUGACUUGUCAGUGUCAAAAGCAUUGCAUUUGUAAGCAAGGAUGUUCCUCGCUGACAUCUGCGGUCAGGCAACAUCGCCCAAUCCCAGCCCAACAUUCAUUGGUUAUUCCGAGGCCAUGCUCGCUGUGGAAUCUGUUACUUUGAUGUUUGAUGCGCAAUGAGAUCUGCACCAGAUGAGACUGAAUUUCCCACAGACCCAAACCUAUGGGCUUUCUUUCUUGUUCACAGUCAGAGGGCUCAAGGUCUGAAUACGGGUCAGUUCUUUUCCCCAUAGCCUGAGGGAAAUCAUUUUGUAAUGCAACUGUAGAUACUCUUAUUGAAUGUACUUGUCAGCUGAUGAUUUAGCUUUGAUAAAACCACAGUUCAGUUUUUAAAUUGUCCGCCUGAGUUAAGGAAAGAUUGUUUUUUUUUAUCAAAAUGGCAAUUUGAAACAGUGAAAUUUUCUAAUCGUCUAUAGUCAGCAAUAUGUUGCAAGCUUUAAGUAAGGACGUUUAACAUAACAUGGAGUUCGCGAACUGCUUUUAGAUGAAUUUGACUAAUUAAAAACAACCACACAUCCAUGUGCUGUGACGUCACAGCCACAAAUAACUGGCAGGCCUGGCACAUUAUGUAAGCAUUCAAGUGGUUUUAUUGGCCAAAAAAGCCCAUGCCUCAAUUUAUAGAAACCGUUCGCAAGUAAACCGUAGUACUGGCCAGAAAAAUGGUAGAUAUUUUGCCAAAAUUGUUCAGCCCCAGUUUCAGUGGCUACGUUCUAAACUCAAUAAAUUGCCUUAUCAAAUU